AAUUCGUCGAACACCAUGGCGGCGACAGCCGCGCCCGAUGGUUCCAGCUUCCUUCCUUCCUUCCUGCACCUCCCUACUACAUCUCAUCUCAAACCCUAAAACCCUCGCCUUCUCCCCUCCGGCCUCCUCAACCCCCACAUCCGCAGGCUGCACCGCCCCGGAGGCCGGCGCCGGCGCACCUAUAGGAGGUUAAAUCAGCUGUCGACGGCGGCGUCGGGCGGUUGCUGCGCUCGUGUGGUUCCAGGGGAUCCAUCUGCUUCAUCUCAAGUUAUCCUGGAAUUCCUUUUCACCAUAGGACAUUAGUCAAUUGCCCUUGGAAGACUGUUGAAGAGAAAGAAGGGGAGAAACUUUAUUAGUGGUUGGCAAGAUGUUGUCCGUUGGUGGCAGGGGCGUUGAAGAUACCUGGCUAUUUUAGGUCUAUAUUUAUGUGGCAAGAACAUGAUUGAAGUUAAAUACCACGGAGUCAAUUGGGCCUCAAAUCUGCUUCCCUGGAGAUUAUAGUAAAUGGCUUUGGCAUCUGGGAUCAGGAAUGGUGCAGAUGCUUGGGUCAAAGGAGUGCCCUUUGGUACAACAAUUUUAAAGGUCGCACAACUUUGUAUUCAUCAAAAGGUCACGGCCAAAACCCAAAACAUCUUUCAGCAGUGAGACGAUGGAUUGGUGUAGUAGGUCACGGUCAGUCACACAGACACGUACUACGUGUGAGACUGUGAGAGCCAGCCAGACUUGCAGUGAACAACGUCUCACACGUGUAUCUCAGCUUUGGACCAGAAGAACACAUGUAUAUGUAGGGUUGAUGCUAAUGCUACGAAUGAGGUGAGAGAGGGAGGAGAACGGUAGAGAGAGGAGGAAGAAGAAGAGGAGGAGAAAUGUUGUGAGAGGAGGAGGGGUCCACAGGGGAGGAAGGAAGGAGGAGGGUGUGUGACAAUGACAACUGAAAGAGAAGUUUGUCCCUUCCGAUGGCAGUAGCAAAUGUCUUCAGAGGCAUUGGCUGGCUGGCUCCCCAUGCUUUGGCUCCUUCUUCCUCUCCUAUAGACUCUAGAACCCUUUCGAUUCUGAGUUCUUCUUCUUCUUAAACCUCUUGGGUUUUAAUCCACUAAUAAAGGUUUUCUUUUUCUGUGGUUGCUGAAUCUUGAAAAAUCAGGAUCCAGUGGUUAGGAGAUUUUUAUCGGCGCUGCUGGGUUCAGAGGUUUCUCAUUUUCAGUUCAGGAUCCCAGUUGUAAAUUUGUAACGCAUGCGUUACCAGUUUUUUGCUCUGCUUUAUCCGCCGAUCGAUCAGUACUCUCCAACUAAGCCUCAGCUGUUUCGUCAGUUCGUCUGGCUGUGUCCAUGAGCUGCUAGCUGCUCUCGAUUUCUUCCAGGAAUAAUACAAAAGGUUCACAGCUCGCUAGUGCAUUUGGUUGUUUUCCUUUUCGUGCUCCUCGUGUUCUUGUGAUGAAACUGAACCUCCUCCAACAAAAGCAAAUGGCGAAGCGUGGGCUCUUGAUUACUUUUUGAGUUUGCCCAUUCGACGAGGUUGGUAUAGUGGUGAACUGGUUGGUGUUGUUGAUGCUUCUUUGAUGAGCGCACUGUUGCUUGCAGGGCUCCUUAAUUAAUUGCCUUUUCCCAAGAUUGCAUUUUUAUUUGUAGUAUAUUUCUACUCUUUUGCCUGCUCUCUCUCUUUUUUUUCUCCGGCUUCUAGGUAGCAGGGAGGGAGCAGCAGCCAGCCACUGUCUUUCUCAACAAGAAAUUCCUCGGUUUCCACGCGCGCUUUGGCUUCUUCUUUCUUUACCUUUUCUUUUCAUCAUCUCGCUGGUUUUUGUGGUAUUUGGGUGGGUUUUGGGUUUAGAAUAGAUGCGUAUCGUCGAUUUUCUGUGGUUUUAUUGCCUUUUUCUCGUGAUGCCGGAUUGGUGUUUUCCGAUUUGAUCCACCAAGUUGCGAUCUUUUGGUGUUCUUUGUGGGGGAAAAGUUGCGAUCUUGGUGCGGCGAUGGCGUCGUCGUGCAUCCCGACCAGCCUCCGGCUGGACCUGGAGAUGGUGAAGGCGGCGGCGCCGCCGGGGGGCGCGGCGGCAGCGGCGGCGGCUGGGUCGCCGAUGCGGGCGGCGCCCUCCUCGGCGUCCUCGACGCUCUCGGAGGCGUCCAACUCGUCGUCGGUGGCGUCGCUGUCGCUGAAGCGGGCGCGCACGCCGCGGAAGCGGCCCAACCAGACGUACAACGAGGCGGCCGCGCUGCUGGCGUCCAUGUACCCGUCCGUCUUCGCCGUCAGCAAGGGCCCCGAGACGGCGCCGCCGCGGCUCCUCGGCCUCGCCUCCGCCCUCGCCGACGAUCCGUCCUGCUCCGAUCUCCUCCCGCCGUUCCCCGUCCUCAGCAACGGCAGCGCCGCACACCUCCUUGGCGACAUGCGGCAGCCGCAGCCGCCGACGCCGCGGUGCCCCGUCCCCAUCAAGAACUGUUCGUCGCCGGCGCCGGUGAGCAGCGUGUUCAGGGAGUUCCGCGACGCGGCACCGUCUCCCGGAACGCCGGAGGCCGACACCACCGACGACCUCGGCGAGCUUGACUUCGAAGACGAUGACGGAUUCGACGUCGACUCUUUUCUGGCCGUCGAUGAUGGCGCGGCCGAGGGCAUCGACAGCAUCAUGGGCAAACUCAGCAUGAGCAUGGAGAAGAACUCGGCAGCUGCGUCCCGCACAGACGCCGUCCUGUCCAGUGCCGCCAUUCACCCAUACCUCCGAAGCCUCAUGGUGCUCGGUCUCGGGUUCCGGCAAGGCCAGCUCAACGCCAACCAAGCACUGAAGCGGCAUGAUGAUGAGAGUGAUUGGUGGAUGUGCCCUGCCAUACCAGUGAAGGACAUCGCAGCGCCUCCUGCACCAUCGGUGUCUAUGCCGGUGCCGGUAUCAGAUAAGAAGAAGAAGAGUAAGAAGAAGGUAGAGAAGGAAAUGGAACGGGAGAAUGGCGCUGCUGUUGAGUUUGGUGAUGCAGGAGCUCUGAGGUUUUCCAAUGGUGAUGCUGGAAUUUCGGCACAGAAGGCACCAAAGAUAGGAUUGGGCCUGAAUCUGAAUACUGAGGAGGUGCUAAAGGCUUGGUGUAACAGAGGUUCUGUUUUUGCUGGCAGCGAUGCAGUUGAAUCACCAAGAUCCUCCUCUGGUUUACAUUCUAAACUUGCAGACAUUGAUCUAUUUCUAGAUAACAGUACUAGCGGUGGUGUUAUUCGGGAAGGCAGCAUUCUGAAAAUGCGGCAUAAGCAGAAGCAGUGCACUCCCCUCCUCUCCAAUAAGACCCGCUACCAACCGCGGAAGGUGAAUGCUGAAUGCCGUCCUCGGGUCAAGGUGAAAUAUGUCAGCCAGGCUUCUCUUUUUCAACAAGCCUCAGAGAAAGAGAGAGGCAGUAGAGAAAGAUGAACGUCCUCCCAUGGACAUUUUUGGGGGUUUCACUCUUCCCCCCCUCCAAAAGAGAAGCAAAUGAGCUUCUCCCUUUUUCAUUUCUGCACUUUAAUCAUGUAAAGGGUAGAGAUGCCUGUAGGCUGUAGAGUGGCAUGUUGCCAUGGGGAUCAUAUAUGCUUGUCAAGUUCUCCAGCUAGUAUAAAUGAUGAGGUUAUCACCACCGGUUAACGGUACAGUUUCAUUCCAA